AUGGAUCAACCUGUCGGAGACGGCGCAGAUGGCAGUCUCGGAAGUGUCGGGCGGUUCCACUCCACUUAUGGAAAGAAAGAAUCCGCUGACGGACCGCGUCAACAUGGAGCUGACGAUGUUGAAGAAUCUGACGACGUUGAAGGAUCUUCGGAAGGCGAAGAGGCCUCAAGAAACCUCCCGCUCUUGAUGCAAGCAGUGACUGUCGCUUUUCGAAGUGUCAGUCACUAGGAUCUGAUAGAGUAGGAGGGAGGCGCAUUCCGCCGAGCACUUUGUGAGUUUACGCUUUUUUUAAUGUAAUUGCCCUUUUGGACAAGAAAAAUUUUUUUUCAAGUGAUUUUUGUGUAAAAAUGAAUGAUUUUAGGUGACCCGCCUGUCAACCCUCCUCCAAACAGCCGCCCUGGAACUCUCACGCUGGAGAGCCGGCGAAUCAUUGUCCGAAUUGGAAUGGAUCAACCUGUCGGAGACGGCGCAGAUGGCAGUCUCGGAAGUGUCGGGCGGUUCCACUCCACUUAUGGAAAGAAAGAAUCCGCUGACGGACCGCGUCAACAUGGAGCUGACGAUGUUGAAGAAUCUGACGACGUUGAAGGAUCUUCGGAAGGCGAAGAGGCCUCAAGAAACCUCCCGCUCUUGAUGCAAGCAGUGACUGUCGCUUUUCGAAGUGUCAGUCACUAGGAUCUGAUAGAGUAGGAGGGAGGCGCAUUCCGCCGAGCACUUUGUGAGUUUACGCUUUUUUUUAAAUGUAAUUGCCCUUUUGGACAAGAAAAUUUUUUCAAGUGAUUUUGUGUAAAAUGAAUGAUUUUAGGUGACCCGCCUGUCAACCCUCCUCCAAACAGCCGCCCUGGAACUCUCACGCUGGAGAGCCGGCGAAUCAUUGUCCGAAUUGGAAUGGAUCAACCUGUCGGAGACGGCGCAGAUGGCAGUCUCGGAAGUGUCGGGCGGUUCCACUCCACUUAUGGAAAGAAAGAAUCCGCUGACGGACCGCGUCAACAUGGAGCUGACGAUGUUGAAGAAUCUGACGACGUUGAAGGAUCUUCGGAAGGCGAAGAGGCCUCAAGAAACCUCCCGCUCUUGA